GAAUUUUAAAAUCAGUUCCGUAUAAGCUAUCCCAAAGAAAAGUCAUAAACAAUCAAAAUGCUUAAGUCGGUAUAUAUUUUAAGUACUGUUCUUCUCGUUUUUGGAUCAUUUGGAGAGCCCAGGACACACGGUCUUCGGUGUGCGAAGUCCAGGAUCCACCGAAGCAAUGCGGCGAGUUCUGUCUCUUAAUCCUGAAGCCAGUGCUAGACCAUAUUAGGAACCAUCAAGAAGAGUGGAACAAGUGCAAUACUAUCAACAAUAAGACUCAAGCUGCUUUGGGCACAAUGAUGGACAAGCAGGCAGUCCUGGAGGCAGGACAAACGGGAAUUAAGAUAACGCAGUCAGACUCUCGGAAAAUCAUAGAAAAUAUAGAAACGAAGAUAGCCGCUUUGGAAAAAUUAAUAUCCAAAAAACUUGCGGAGAUAAUUUCUCUUCAGAAUAAUAUGGAGCAACAUUUUUCACAAAUUAAGAACACAUUACUAAAAAUGAACUUCCAUAGAUUAGGUUCAAGGGCCUUUUAUGUUGAAAAAAAUAUGUUAGUGGAUUGGACAACAGCUGAAAGAAAAUGUCGCGAGAUGGGUGGACAACUGGCAACCAUUGAAAAUGAGACAGAAUUAAUCCAGAUUAAAAAGGAACUCAAGGAAAACACCAGCUACUGGAUUGACUUGAAUGAUAUUCAAAGCGAAGGAAAAUUCAUAUCAUCAGUUACUUGGAAUCCACCUACCUAUUUUAAAUGGCAUAAUAACCAUCCCUUUGUGCAUACGGGUAAUAUUGAGGAUUGUGUUUUUCUGUACAAUGGAAAAAUGCAAGAUUUUGAUUGUAAUUACAAGGGUAAUUUUAUUUGUCAAAAUGUAAAUUAAAUUUCAAUAAAAUAUUUUA